GCUCGUUAAAUCCAACACCAUCCGCCCGCCUACCCAACCUCAUCGCUCGCCCACACGCGCACACCACCCAACGGACACCAACCAGCAGCCAGCCAGCCUCUCAGCACCAUGGUGUUCGACGCGGGCGCUGGGAGCUCGCCGGCGUCGCCCCUGGCGGCGGCGCCGUCAGGGAACCCGCUGCGCGUGAUCCUGACGCGGGGCUUCGCGCGGCAGGUGCUGGCGGGGCGGUGGUUCACGGUGUUUGCGAGCCUGCUCAUCAUGGCGGCCUCCGGCGCGACCUACAUCUUCGCCUCCUACUCCGGCGCGCUCAAGUCGGCGCUGGGCUACGACCAGCGCGCGCUCAACACCGUCUCCUUCGCCAAGGACCUCGGCGCCAACCUGGGCGUUCUCCCGGGCCUCAUCAACGAGGUCGCCCCGCCCUGGGCCGUGCUCGCCGCCGGCGCCGCCAUGAACCUCGCCGGCUACCUCAUGCUCUACCUCGCCGUCUCCGGCCGCACCGCGCGCCCGCCGCUCGCGCUCCUCUGUCUCUACGUCUUCGCGGGGGCCAACUCGCAGGCCUUCGCCAACACCGGCGCGCUCGUCACCUGCGUCAAGAACUUCCCGGAGAGCCGCGGGGUGGUGAUCGGGAUCCUGAAAGGCUUCGUCGGCCUCAGCGGCGCCGUGUACACGCAGCUCUACCUCGCCUUCUACGGCGGCGACGACCCCGAGUCGCUGAUCCUGCUCAUCGCGUGGCUCCCCGCGGCGGUCUCCGUCGUGUUCGUGCACACCGUCCGGUAUCUGCCGUACCCGCGCCGCCGCGGCGGGGAGGAGACGAGCACGAACCCCUUCUUCUGCUUCCUCUACCUCUCCAUCGCGCUCGCCUGCUUCCUCCUCGUCAUGAUCGUCGUGCAGAGGCAGGUGCCCUUCUCGCGGGAGGCCUACGGCCUCGCCGCCACGCCGCUGCUCAUCCUCCUCCUCAUGCCCCUCGGCGUCGUCGUCAAGCAGGAGUACAAGAUCCACCGCGAGAGGCAGCUCGACGACGCCCUCCGCGCUGCCGGCCCGCCACCCACCAUCACCGUCGUCGCCGCCGCCGACGCAGCAUCCAACGCCGUCCAGAUGUCGUCAUCAUCAUCCAAGAACAAAACAGAGCUGCAGCGGGAGCAACCGGUGGCGCCGCCCACGUCGAGGCCGACCCCGACACCAUCCUCGCCGCCGCCGUCCUGCUUGGGGAGGUUCGGCGGGUGCGUGCGGACCAUGUUCCGGCCGCCGGCGCGCGGCGAGGACCACUCGAUCCUGCAGGCGGUGGUGAGCGUGGACAUGCUGGUGCUCUUCGCGGCGGCCAUGUGCGGCGUGGGCGGGACGCUGACGGCGAUCGACAACAUGGGCCAGAUCGGGCAGUCCCUGGGGUACCCGUCCCGGAGCACCAACACCUUCGUCUCCCUCAUCAGCAUCUGGAACUACGCCGGCCGCGUGACCGCCGGCUACGCCUCGGAGGCCGUCCUGACCCGGCACCGCGUGCCCCGGCCGCUCCUCCUCACGCUCGUCCUCCUCCUCGCCUGCGCGGGGCACCUGCUCAUCGCCUCCGGCGCGCCGCGCUCGCUCUACGCCGCCUCCGUCGUGGUCGGGUUCUGCUUCGGUGCGCAGUGGCCGCUGGUGUUCGCCGUCAUCUCGGAGGUGUUCGGGCUCAAGCGCUACUCGACGCUGCACAACUUCGGCGGCAUGGCGAGCCCCGUGGGGGCCUACCUGCUCAACGUCCGCGUGGCCGGGCGGCUCUACGACGCCGAGGCCGCGCGGCAGCGGGGCGCCGGCGGAGGAGGAGGAGGGGUGUGCCUGGGCGUGGAGUGCUUCCGGCGGUCGUUCCUGAUCAUCGCGGCGGCGACGGCGCUCGGCGCGGUGGUGUCGCUGGUGCUGGUGUGGCGGACGUGGGGGUUCUACAGGGGCGAUAUCUACGCGAGGUUCCGGGACGGCGGCGACGGCGCCGCCGCCGGCGACCGCCUGCCGGUGGGGCAGCCGCCGCGGCCGGAAGCGGAGGGGGAGGAGGCGGCGGCGGCGGCGGCUGUCAAGUAGCGAAAGGCCAGCUCGGAUGUUUGACUCAGUCAAAGACGACGACGCGGCUGCCUGCUCCACCACUGGCGGGGUUUGACUGUUUGACUCUCUGGUCUCCGAUUCCCACGGCGACGGCUGCUCGCGUGGGAGCUGGUAAGUACGACGGCUGCAGUGAGCAGGGACAGGUGGGGCCCCUGUGAGGAUGGCAGGUGGGCCAGUGUAGAAUUUUAACCGCGCCUAGUCCAUCGCUCGUAAGGAUGACAAGUGGGCCCUGUAGAUACAUAUAUAGUACACUUUAUUAUAUAAUAGUCGCACAUUGGUACCAAUAAUAUAAAUUUUACUCAGAUCUAUAUAAAACUAUUAAUUUUGUGCUCUUAAUUUCGUGUAAAAUCGUGUUUGUGACCACGCGAGGUAUGAAUUAUCUAGGUUUUAGUUGGAAUUCUGAUUGAUUCA